AAUUUGUUAAAUCGAGGUUAGUUACGUGCUCGCGGGAUGCACUAGAAUAUUGAUAGUUCGUAUGCAUUUAAAAACUAUUUUGUGGUAUUUUAACGUUAACGUAUUCAUUUAUACGUAAGUCUUAUCUAUCAUUCCGUAUCAGGAUAUUUUUUAGUGAAAAACUUUCGAUUAAAAUGUAGAAGGUUAAUCAUCGAUGCGAUUGAACGGUAAAUAAAUGUUAAAAGACAUAAUAUUUAAGUCUAAUACAGGUUUAAUUAAUUUAGAAUAUUAGUUAAACGCUACAAUGAGUAAUAGAGAAAAAAGUGAUUUACGAUUAGACCAAUGCGUUAAAUCGAAAGAGGAAAAAGAAAGAAAGCAAUCAGUGACCUCACAAAGUGACGAUUCUGAUUCAAAGAAAAAAAGGCGUAAUACAUGCAGUAAGGAUAAAAGAAAAAAAUCAAAGCACAGGAGCAGCUCUAGUAGCUCUAGUUCCUCAAGUAUUUCUAGCCGUGAGAUUAAGCAUCAAAAUGAUAGAGAUAGAAGAAAUGACAAAUGGGAUAAAAGAUUUGAGAAUGGUGUUAGACCAUAUCGACCAAAUCCGAGGGAAAGUAGAGGAUAUUAUAAAGGACGGAGUGGAUACUUGGAUAAUCGUAAACGUAACUUUGGUUAUCGACCUUAUAAACAUUCUGGAUUUUAUGAUAGAAAUAGACACAACAAUUCACAAUAUAAUAGGUAUAAUAGUGAAAGAAGAGGUAAUAGAUUCUUAAAUCAUAACAGUAGAAGACCACCUUAUGAUAGAUCUAGAAGUAGAAGCACUUUGGAUCAUGAUCAUCAGAACUUAAAAGAUUCUAGUGAGCAGUCAAGAGAGAGUAAUUCAAAAGAAAGAUAUGUAAAACAAACUAGUGCUGAUAAAACAGACUCAAAAAGAAAAGAUAUAGAUGACACGCAUAUGAAAGGAAAAGAAAAGAAAAAAAAUGAAGACACUCAAGAAAAGACUGAUCAUAUUGCACGUAAAAAAUUAAAAAGAAAAAGAUCAUUGUCUUCUUCAAGUACCUCAAGUGUUAGCAGCACUAGUAGUGACAGUAGUAGCAGUAGUUCUAGCAGUAGCAGUACUAGCAGUAGUUGUAGUAGUAGCAGUUCAGAUACUUCUGAAGAUGAAAAAAAACGUAAAAAAGCAAGAAGAAAAGCUAAAAAAUUAAAGAAAGCUAUGAAAAAACGUAGGAAGAAGAAAAGAAUGAAGAAAAAAUUAAAGAAAAAAUUGAAGAAAUCUAAGAAAAAAUUACGAAAUACUGAUAAAUCCAAAGAAAGUAUUUCUAAAGAUGUUUCUCAAGAAGUAUCAGAAAAGUCAAAGGCUAUGGCACCUAUGACAAAAGAAGAAUGGGAAAAAAAGCAAAAUGUAAUACGUAAAGUUUAUGAUGAAGAAACAGGGAGAUACAGGUUAAUUAAAGGUGAUGGAGAGGUCAUAGAAGAGAUAGUGAGUAGGGAUCGUCAUAAAGAGAUAAAUAAACAAGCAACUAAAGGGGAUGGAGAGUACUUCCAAGCACGCUUGAAAGCCAAUGUUUUAUGAACUAUUUUUCUAUGUAUGCUAAAAAAAUACCCUUAUAUAAUAAUUACUUUAUUGUCAGUGUUAAAGUCCUGUAUGACAAUAUGUUUUAUAAUGUCUCAGAGAAAAUACUUAUAUGUUGUACAUUAAUGAAACUUGUCUACAGUGUGAUUUUAAUUAUAUUACAUGCACGUAACGUUUAAUCUAGAACGUUAAUGACCAAAUGUUGAAUUAUAAUCAACAACGAACAUAAUUUAGAUUAUAAGCCAUAUAGUCAUAUUUUUUUCAUAUUAUGACUAUUUGUGUUCAUUGUCAUGUAUGAAGUAAAGAAAACCACACUUUUGAAUACAUCGUAAAAACACUAAACGUAAUGUAGUAAUACUUAUAAAGAAAAUUUGUAACUAUUCAAUUUCAAUAAGCCAGUUACAUUAUUUUCGUAAAUAAACAGUUAAUUGACAAUUGGUAAA